UCUCGAAACGCAGUUGCGUUGCGCGGCGCACACUGCUAUUGGUCAUUUACGGCGGAAGUGAAACUAGUAAAGAAAGCAAGCGUGCAGCGCGGUCUUUUUGGCGGGAAACGUUCCAUCGAGCAUUGUGGGAAUCGCUCUGCACGUUUCCUGAAAUUUGUCUCACUGUUGACAGUUCUGAAUAUAAUUAUGGAUGUUGCCGAUCUUCGAACUGGUCCAGUGCUCGUGAAGGACGAUAUAGGAGAACGCUGCCAGAAACUUUUUCGAGAUUUCCUCGAAGAGACGAAGAACGUGAAGAACGAGGUAAAGCACUUGGAGGAUGCCAAGAAUCUCAUCAAGCCUGAACGCAAUACCCUGGAGGUUAGCUUUGCAGAUGUGGAACGGUUCAACCAGAAUUUGGCAACAGUUAUCCAGGAGGAAUAUUACAGGGUGUACCCUUACCUGUGUCGAGCUUUGCGGAAUUUUGUAAGAGACAGAGCAGAGGUGGACGUCGACAAGGAAUACUACAUCAGCUUCGUGGAUGUUGCAACGCGUCACAAGGUUCGUGAGCUUACCACAGCCAAGGUGGGCAGCCUGUUGAAAAUAAGCGGCCAGGUGGUGCGCACCCACCCUGUCCACCCGGAGCUGGUUAGCGGAUCCUUUGUAUGCCUCGACUGCCAGACGCUCGUCAAAGAUGUGGAACAACAGUUCAAGUAUACACAGCCCACCAUCUGCAGGAACCCUGUGUGUAACAACAGAACACGUUUUCUUCUGGACACCAGCAAGUCAAAGUUUGUGGACUUCCAGAAAGUGCGAAUUCAGGAGACUCAAGCAGAGCUUCCAAGAGGAAACAUUCCUCGAAGUGUGGAAGUAAUAGUUCGUGCUGAAGCAGUCGAGGUGGCUCAGGCAGGUGAUCGCUGUGAUUUCACGGGCACACUCAUUGUGGUACCAGAUGUCAGCCAAAUGACCACACCUGGGCUUCGAACCGAGAGCAGCGCCCACCAUAAAGGAAUGGAGGGCUUUGAGACAGAAGGCAUCCGUGGGCUCAAGAACCUCGGAGUGCGAGAGAUGUCUUACAGGAUGGCAUUCCUCGCAUGCACUGUAGAGCCUACCAACCCGAGACUCGGUGGCAAAGACGUCUUGGCAGAGGAGAUAACUCCAGAGAUCAUUAAGAAGCAGAUGACCCCUGACCAAUGGGAGAAGAUUUAUGCAAUGAGCCAAGACAAGAAUCUCUACCACAACCUCAUCUCCAGUCUGUUCCCUACAAUCCACGGGAAUGAUGAAAUCAAGAGAGGGAUUAUGAUCAUGCUUUUUGGUGGUGUUCCUAAAACAACCAUAGAAGGUACCACAUUACGUGGCGACAUCAACAUCUGCAUUGUGGGAGAUCCCAGUACAGCCAAGAGUCAGUUCCUCAAGCAGGUGUCAGAGUUUUCACCUCGUGCUGUGUACACAAGUGGGAAGGCAUCCAGUGCUGCUGGUCUGACGGCUGCUGUUGUUAGAGAUGAAGAGUCCCAUGAGUUUGUCAUUGAGGCUGGAGCCCUAAUGCUGGCGGACAAUGGUGUUUGCUGCAUUGAUGAGUUUGAUAAGAUGGACCCCAAGGACCAGGUGGCCAUUCAUGAGGCCAUGGAGCAGCAGACUAUUUCCAUUACCAAAGCCGGUGUCAAAGCAACUCUCAAUGCUAGGACGUCCAUCUUGGCAGCUGCGAAUCCUAUUGGUGGGCGCUAUGACCGAGCAAAGUCGCUGAAGCAGAACAUCUCCCUUUCCCCUCCAAUCAUGUCACGCUUUGACCUUUUCUUCAUCUUGGUUGAUGAAUGCAAUGAGGUGACUGAUUAUGCUAUUGCUAGAAGGAUUAUUGACCUUCAUUGCCACAACGAGGACAGUAUGGAGAAAGUGUACAGCCUAGAAGACAUUCAGCGCUACAUUCAGUUUGCACGCAUGUUCAAGCCUAAGAUCAGUGCAGAUGCCAAGGAGUACUUAGUGGAACAGUACAAACAUCUGAGGCAAAGGGACACAGGUGGCAUCUCCAAGUCUUCCUGGAGAAUUACUGUCCGUCAACUGGAGAGUCUCGUUCGCUUGGCUGAGGGCAUUUCACGAAUGCACUGCUGUGAUGAGGUUCUACCAAAACAUGUGAAGGAAGCUUAUCGACUGCUCAACAAAUCCAUCCUCCGUGUUGAGCAGCCAGACAUCAAUCUCUGCGAAGAAGAAGAGGAAGAAGCAGAGGAACCCAUGGACACAGAUGGCAUGGAUGAUUUGCCUACUCCACAGCAACUACAUGGAGAUGGAAUGGAAGGGGACAUCACUGAUGGCGACAAAAGUGUGCCAAGGAAACCAAAGCACAAAGGAGUACAGAAGGAGCUUGUUUUACCCUUUGAAGAAUACAAGAAGAUCUCCAAUCUUCUUGUUCUUCAUCUGCUCCAGGAGGAGAGCAAAGCAGAAGAAGAAAGAAGCGACGGCACCCGAAGAAUGGAUCUCAUUAACUGGUAUCUUAAGGAAGUGGAGAGUGAGAUAGAAACCGAGGAAGAUCUCAUUCUAAAGAAGACCAUCGUAGAGAAGGUCAUUGAGAGGCUUGUCCAACACGACCACGUCAUCAUUGCACUUACACAGUCUGGACUCAAGGGUGCAAGCAGCACAGAGGAAGAAGAUCCAAUACUUGUUGUGCACCCCAACUAUGUGCCCGAGUUGUCAUAGGCAUGGCUUAGUGUAACACUGUAAAUACUGUACUUGCAUGCUAAUGUUAUUUUUGCUUUUUAUUAAUAAACUAUUGCAACUGUUUUA